AUGCAAAGAAACUUGUACCGAAUGGUUAUAAAUUCGGUUCGUCCGAUAAAUUUGAAAAGAAAUAGCUUUCACACCACAUCUGUUCGUCUUGAUGCUCAGCCAACUGAAAAAACAAUCAACCAAGUCACACUUUUGGGACGAGUGGGUGCUGAUCCACAAAAACGUGGCACUGAAGAGCGUCCCGUAAUCAACUUUCCCCUGGCAACUCACUUCAGUUAUAAAUAUGAAUCUGGAGAUGUUCUACAAAAAACAGAUUGGCACCGAGUUAGUGUGUUUAAGCCAGGCCUGAGAGACACAGUUUACAAAUUUCUUAAAAAGGGGCAAAGAGUCUAUGUCACUGGCAAAUUAUCAUAUGGGGAAAUUAAAUUAGAUGAUGGUCAAGUGAGAUCAGCUUCAACUGUUAUAGCUGAAGACAUAAUUUUCUUCCAGAGUCAAGCAGAGAAAAUGUAA